GCUUCCGCUUCCUGGUAGCGUCACAGUGAGAUAUUAGACAGAAAAACCACAGCAGAGUCUUUCCAAACUGCUUUAACGCUUCUUUUGCAGAUGUUGCCGAUCGAAGGGUUGGAUGUCCAGACUGGAUGAACAAGGCAAGUGGAGGAAACAUUGGUUUGUUCUUGGUGACACUUCACUGAGAUACUACAGAGACUCGGAGGCUGAAGAGUCAGACGAUUUGGACGGAGAGAUUGAUCUGACGUCCUGCGUGAAAGUGUCUGAUUGUGACGUGGACAAGAACUACGGACUGCAGAUACAAACAAAAAGAGCAGAGUUCACUCUGUCUGCCGUGACAUCAAGGAUCCGUCGAAACUGGGUGAAGUUGCUGAAGCAGGCGAUCCAGGACAUCCCGCACCAAUCAGAUUCCAGCAGCGAGAAAGAGAACCCCAUCUCCUGCAGGCCGUCGUCAUGCCAACCGCCUGCUCGGUUCACCUGCAGGGACUCCGGCGAUGAACCUGCCACUUGCGGCAGUGCAAACUCGGACCGGGAGGACCGCCGCCGCCACCGCCGCCGGCCUGUAGACUCGUCUCCGGCCGGUCGCAGGGAAGAAGCGAAGGGCUGGGACCGCGAGCAAGCCAAGCGACUGGAGGAGAGGAACCGGUGGUUUGAGGAGGGAGCCCCUCCCGGCGAGAUGGGCAGCAGGUGGGACUCCAUGGACCUGAAGAGGGGCGGCGUUCCUGUUCCUGCCGCCGAAACCACGGACUCUGAGGUCAACAGGAAGUGGACAGAAUUUGAGACGCUGUCAUUUGAGGACGUGACUGCGCAGUCGCUCAUUGGAGCCCAAGCGUAUCAGUCCACCCCCCAACAUUAUCACCCGAACCCCAGAGAGCCCAAACAAUCUGUUGCUGGUUCCCAGACUAUCACAUCUGGGUCUGAGGAGGCUCCUCUCCCGGUGAACGGCGCUGAAACCGUCCGAACCAACACCGCUGAAGCUCUUCACAAAGAGGCGGCCUCUCUUCGAAAGCAGGUGGAGAGCCUCAGGAGGGGGCGGGCGGCCCUGGGGACGGAGGUGGACAGCCCCUGCGGCCCCGGGGCCCCCUGCAGGACCAGGCUGGAAGCCAUGGAGGUGUCCCACCGCCGGGAGCUGCAGGAGCUGCAGGAGAAACAUGCCAGGGAGAUACGGGAGCUGCUGGAGGAGAAGGACCGGAGGGUGCAGGAGGAGGGCGAAGCCACUGCUAAGGCAGUGGAGGCGCUGAGAGCAGCUCACAGGGAGGAGCUGGAGAACGCCAGGAGGCUGUGUGGAGGAGCAGCACACAUGCCUCAGGCGGACGUCCUGCACGGCGAACUGAAUGUGCUGUCGCAGCGCUACUCCCAGACCUGCCUGGAUCUGAGCCGCGUCGAGCAAAGCGGCAGGAGCAGGGAGGGCGAGCUGAGCCGCAAGCAGGGAGAGCUGGAGCAGCUGCAGAGGGAGAACCAGGAACUUAAAAACAAACUGGCGGAGGAGAUAAGUCGAAUGCGUUACUUCAUCACAGGUCAGAGGUCGGAUGUGGUAUCCCUUGGCAACACGGAUCGUACACCGUCAGAGUUAGAGAUGCUGUUAAGGGCAAAGGAGAAUGAAGUGGAGUAUCUUAAAAAAGAAAUGAGCUGUCUACAAAAUGAAGUGCAAUCUCUUACCAAGGAGAAAGAAGAGGCAUACCAGCGUUUUAAGGAGGCGUACGUAGAGCUGAGCAACACGAGGGGUCGGAGCCAGCUGGAGAUGAGCUCCCUCAAUGAACACCUGAGACUGGCCAACGCUGCUCUCCAGGAGGAAGCAAGAAAAACCUGAUCAACCAGCAGAUAAAAAUACUUAAAUACUCCCUGAUAAACUGCCAGCCAAUAUAAAGCAUUAUUUAAAUGUAAUUAUACAAUAUAUUAAAUCGUAGUCAUUUGUUUUCAUGACUUGACUUCAGGCUGUUUAAAUUAAAUAAAGUUUUUUCCACACGUAAAA